AACUAAGCCUGUUACAAACUGCCCAGAGGGAGCCAUGGCUGCAGAGAACCCUGUGGAAAGUCUCCAGGAAGAAGCGACAUGUCCCAUCUGUUUGAAGUAUUUCACAGAACCUGUCAUUCUGGAGUGUGGGCACAAUUUCUGCCGCGCCUGCAUCAGCCAGUGCUGGGAGGGAUCUGAUACAGCCGCCUCCUGCCCUCAGUGCAGAGAAACUGUGCAACAGGGAAACCUCAGGCCCAACAGGCAGCUGGCAAAUGUCGUAGAAAUCGCGAAGCGGCUGAGUUUACAGGCAGCAAAGGGAGCAGGAGGGGACGGGGUGUGUGGGGAACACCAGGAGGCUCUGAAACUGUUCUGUGAAGAGGAUGAAACCCCCAUCUGUGUGGUGUGUGACAGAUCCCGGGCUCACCGCGCUCACACGGUGGUUCCCAUACAGGAAGCUGCCCAGGAGUACAAGGAAAGAAUCCAGGCCCAUUUGAAGACUCUGAGGGAAGAGAGAGAAAAACUGUUGGGAUUGAAAGCGACUAGAGAAGGGAAGAGAGAGAAGUAUCUGAAACAAACACAAACCGAGAGGCAGAAGAUUGUGUCUGAAUUUCAGCAACUGCGGCAGUUCCUGGAGGAACAAGAGCGACUCCUGCUGGCACAGCUGGAGAAGCUGGAUGAGGAGAUUGUGAAGAUACAGAAUGAAAAUGUCAGUAAACUCGCCGAGCAGAUUUCCCAUCUCAGUGAGCUGAUCAGUGAGCUGGAGGGGAAGUGUCAGAAGCCAGCAAGUGAAUUCCUGCAGGAUAUUAGAAGCACCUUGAGCAGGUGUGAGAAGGGGAAGUUCCAUCAGCCAGGGGAGAUUUCUCCAGAACUGGAAGAGCGAGUCAGUGGUUUCUCCCAGAAAAUGAUUGUGCUAUUGGAGACUCUGGGGAAGUUCAAAGAGACUCUGCCGUCUGCACUAGUGACAAAAAGAGGAGGAUCCCUAGGAACACUCAGACAGGAGAAUGUGACUCUGGAUCCAGACACAGCUCAUCCCCAACUCGUCCUGUCUGAGGAUGGGAAAAGUGUGAGAUGUGGAAACAUACGACAGCGACUGCCCAACAACCCUGAGAGAUUUGACUAUUUGCCCUGUGUGCUGGGCUGUGAGGGAUUCACCUCGGGGAGACAUUGCUGGGAGGUGGAGGUGGGGGUGGGGAGUGGGGGAGGCUGGGCUGUGGGGGUGGCCAGAGAGUCUGUGGGGAGGAAGGGAGGGAUCAGCCUUAGCCCUGAGGGGGGGAUCUGGGCUGUGUGGCGGUGGGGGUGGGGUCAGUUCCAGGCUCUCACCUCCCCUGUGACCCCCCCGCCCCUGAGCCGGGCCCCCAGCAGGAUCCGGGUUUGUCUGGACUGUGACCGGGGGCAGGUGACAUUUAUCGAUGCUGGUGACGAGACCCCGAUCUUCACUUUCCCGCCGGGCUCCGUCCCUGGGGGGAGAAUCCGACCCUGGCUCCGGGUGGGGGGGGGAUCCCAGCUCAGACUGUGUCCCUGAGACACGCAGCAGAGGGGGGAACCGGAAAUCAGCCUCUCUAGCCUCAUGGACCCCAGUAUCUAUUACCUUCGAGGAUUCCCAUCUACCCAGCCCCUGGCUCCUCAUCUCUAUGACCCCUAGAAGCUCCUCCCCCUCCCUGUCUGCAGCCCCAGGGAUGGGAGGGGGAGGGGGAAGAACCCCUGGGGCUGCAGGAGGAGCAGAGGGGCCCUGAGGGGCAGAGGUGGGGGCUGGACAGGGGGCAGCACUAACAGCCGGGCAGGGGACAGGCAGAGGUGGGGGUGGCAGGGACACACCAUGAAUCAAUCAGGGUUUGGGGGGUUGCGGAGAAGCAGCAGCAGGGAGCGGUUUGUACAGAUCUGUGGGAUUAGAUCUCACCGGGGUGUCUCAGCCAGAGCUCCUGCUGCAGGGCCCAAAUCACCUUCCCCUGUAAUUACAGAAAAGCUGGUAACCCUGUAAUUGUCACAAAAGGGGUGGGGAGGUGGAGAUGGGUGCAGAUUGACCAAAAAAAAAAAAAAAAAACCCUUUAUAUAACCUUAAAAAAAUCAUCAUUGGGUCAGUCUCAUGAUUUAAGUCCUGAUGUUGGCAGUUCUGGGGGAGGCAGGGACAGAGCAGGUUUAACCAGAGGGAAUUAGAAGAAGCAAGAAAAAAUGUAAAUUAAAAUAAAACAAGAAGAAAGGGAGAGUUUAUGGUAAAUGGUGGAAAACAGAAAUGAGAAGAGUGACAGGAAAAUAUCCCUGAUGGGAAUGAGUCGGGGGCAGUAAGAGGGGAAGGAAUAAAAUCGGGAAAUGGAGCAGCCAUGGGAGAUGAUCUGUGACAGGGAGGGGAGGCGAGCGGGAGAGACACAGGAAAAUAAGCAGGGAUCAGAAGUGAGGCUUAGAAAAAUGAUUAGAAAAGGACAGUAUGAAAGGGAACAUGAGAGGGACAGAGAUUUAUGAAAAGUUACUGAAAGUGACACUGUAACUCAUUAAUUCCCUAUAUUGAUUCCUGGAUGACUGUACUGUUGUUGUGCCACUAAGAAAACUGUUCUCAGUAGCUGGGGAAUCUCCUUUCCAUGCUGUGGUUAUUAAGGCUCCUUCUCAGCUUCCUUUACUUACCACCUUUAGUUACUACUGUAAAUAAAAUAUUACAAACAAUU